GCCGGCGCAUGCGCCCCGCUGUCCACGGCGAGGGGAAGAUGGCGGCGGUUGAGGCGGCCGGGAGGGCCUUUUCGGUGGCGGCGCUGCGGGCGUUGAAGGCAGGGAGCGGCCUCGGCGCCGGAGGCUCCUCCUGCUGCCGCCUUCGUCGCUUGGGGUGGAAGCGGCGGGGCGCCUGGACGGUCCCGAGGAGGGCCUUGACUGCGGGGGUCCCUCCUCAGGCGGCAGGGACCGGGCUCACCGAGGCCUUGCUCCGGGACGCCGUCAGGCAGCAGCACCACCAGCAGCAGCAGCAGCAGCAGCAGUCCUCAGACGGUGGAGACGGAAAAGGCUCCGAUGAACAGCGAGAGAAGCAGAAGGAAAACACUGCCUAUGCGAAGAAGAUGGUGCUCAGGAUAGCAGGCCUCAUGGGAGCCGGCAGUGGCAUAGCCAUCAUCUAUAUCUUCGGUAGUAAUUCGGUGGAUGAGCAGGGAGCGAAGAUUCCUGAUGAAUUUGAUAAUGAUCCUGUGGUGAUUCAGCAGCUCCGAAGAUCAUACAAAUACUUCAAGGAUUACAGGCAGAUGAUCAUUGAGCCCACCAGUCCUAAGCUGCUCCCAGACCCUCUGAAAGAACCCUAUUACCAGCCCCCUUACACCCUAGUCAUUGAACUCACGGAUGUACUCCUUCACCCAGAAUGGUCGUUAGUGACCGGAUGGCGCUUCAAAAAGAGGCCAGGCAUCGAUAACCUGUUCCAGCAGUUGGCACCACUUUACGAAAUUGUGGUCUUUACAUCUGAGACAGGCAUGACGGCCUUCCCUCUCAUUGACAGCGUAGACCCUCACGGGUUCAUCUCCUACCGGCUUUUCCGUGAUGCCACCCGUUACAUGGAUGGGCACCAUGUUAAGGAUAUCUCCUGCCUGAACAGAGACCCUGCCAAAGUGGUGGUUGUCGACUGUAAGAAGGAGGCCUUCCGCCUGCAGCCCUUCAAUGGCAUGGCGCUGAAGAAGUGGGAUGGGAAUUCAGAUGACCGGACACUCUUCGACCUCACUGCCUUUCUGAAGACUGUUGCCUUGAGUGGAGUAGAAGAUGUCCGAUCUGUGCUGGAGAACUACUCCUUGGAAGAUGACCCUCUGGAGGCAUUUAAACGCAGGCAGUCGCAGCUGGAGCAGGAAGAGCAGCAGCGUCUUUCCGACCUCACCCAGCACAAGAAGCAGCAGCAGUUCCUGGGAUCUCUCGCAAGCCGGCUGUGGCCACGCUCCAAACAGCAGUGAUGCAGACACCUUCCAAGUAUGGUCACAUUGCUCACCAAUAGACUUCUUGGCUGUCCCAGUCCCUACCUGGAGUAAACAGUGCCCUCCAGGGAAGGCAUGGACCUUGGCCCAAAGAUGAUAUAGAGUCAGGGGUUGACUCAAGAGGUUGCCCUUCCUUACUCUCCUCUUCAGCUCCAACAGCAGCAUUCUCCCCCAGCCCUAGGCGGUUGUGUGCAAAGCCAAGCCCUUUCCUGAACACUUUUCCAGCAAAAUAACUCCUCCAGAGCAGAACAUGCGGUGGCCAAUAGAGCUGCCUCCUUUCUCCAUACCCAAGGAAGCACGCUUCACCAUUGCAGCCAGGAAAGAGAAAAGUGAAGAUGGGGAAGAGGCUCUGCUCCAAGGUAGCUUCUGGAUCAGUCUUUUUGACACACUGUUAUCAUGUUCCUGUCAGAACUCUGGACCACACUGCUAUUCUGUUGGAAUGAAUGGGAAUGAAUGUCAGGGGUACUCUAAAAUAAAUGGUCAUCUUUAUAACAA